UCACCAAAUAAACCUUGAGUGCAUAUAUAUAUGGUUUUUUAUGUAUGACAACUUACUACAAGUCAUCAUUUAACAGGAAAAAAAAAAAAAAACAAAAAACAAAAAACAAAAAACACACCCACCAAAAACCAUAGUGAAAAAAAUGGGAAGAGCACCUUGUUGUGAAAAAGAAGGGCUAAAAAGAGGGAGGUGGACUGCUGAAGAAGACGAGAGAUUGAUCGAAUACAUUCAAGCUAAUGGUGAGGGUUCUUGGAGAUCUUUACCUAAGAAUGCAGGACUUUUAAGGUGCGGAAAGAGUUGCAGAUUGAGAUGGAUCAAUUAUCUGAGAGAGGACUUGAAGAGAGGGAAUAUAACUACGGAAGAGGAAGAAAUCAUCGUCAAGUUACAUGGAUCCCUUGGAAAUAGAUGGUCUGUGAUUGCUAGCUAUUUACCAGGGCGAACAGAUAACGAGAUCAAGAACUACUGGAACUCACACUUGUGCCGCCAAACCUACAGAUUUAUGCGAGUUAAAGACAACCCAACAAUAACCUCAAUCGACAUAACAAACAACAAAGCUCAAACGAACCGAAAAACAGGUCGUGUUAGCAAAAGGAUUGCUAAAAACUAUAACAAGAAUAACAAGGUGGCUCAUUCUAUCAAGUCUCCAUCACCACCAACUAGUAGUAAAUCUUCCCUACAAAAAGAAAAAAAGGAUAAUCAGACAAUGGGAAGUGGUUCAGUUUCUGUUGACAUUAUUGAAACAGAAAAUCAAGAAAUGGGACCAGCUGAAUCAGGAUUCCAAGAUGAUGAAUCAAUGGAUAUUAGUUGUUUUUUGGGAAAUGGGGAUAUGGAUACAGAUGGGGUUUUAAACUUUUAUGAUGAUGAGCAAACACAAAAGAUUUUAGCGGAUACAAGUGUUGAACAUGUUAAAAAGAACGUGACACAAGACGAUAUAUCGAGCUUGAGUUCAUCGGAAGUUUUAGGGUGUUGUACUUCAUAUGAUAAUGAUAUGGAACUUGGGUGUCAAAAUGAUGGAGAUGACAUGAUGGUUUGGUUAUGGGCAGAUUAUGAUCCUGAGCCAUAUCACUGCUAGAGUUUUUGAUUUAAUUAUAUUUAUUUAGUAUAAGUAUAUGUUAUGUAUCAAUGCUAGAGCUAGUCUGGUUAUGUCCAGAUUAUACUUAACUAUAUAUUGGCUUGCCUAAUAAUAGGGGGAAAAAAUCCCCGAUUUCUAGUUA